GGUCCAACCCAGCGCCAUUAAAAUCCAACCAACCCAUCUACCCAAAGCCAAAAAAAAAAAAACCCAAAAAUCCUGACGGACCAAAAUCUGGGUUGAUUCCUUCUACAAUAUUCGAUUUCUCCUCCACUUUGCUUUUCCCAUCACACUCAAUUUGACUACCAAUUCGCUCUUGCGAUCGUCGACCCACCCGAAUUGUGCAAUCCAGCCAUCUAGGUUUCAGGAUGAUCGGAUGAACCCAGUUGCGCAUCGGUUUGGUUUUGGUUUCACCUUCUCUAAUCCGUAUUUGGGAUUCUUUCUUUUUGUCUCCUAACCCUGUCGGACUAUCCAAUCCGACUCCACCAUUGCCAAAGGGAGAAACUUCAAUUCCACAAUUUUCUAUGGAAAGGGCAUUCUUAAGUAUGUAACAGUUCUGAUGAGUUGGGUUUGGCCCAAACAAUGGGAGAGUUUUAAGAUCAAUUUGGUUUAUAACUCCAUGCAAUGGAGAUGUCUAACGACUCAACUAUUAAGAAACCGAAGAGGUUGACAUCGAUAGUUUGGAAUCACUUUGAGAGGGUCAGAAAGGCUGACAUUUGUUAUGCUGUUUGUGUGCAUUGCAACAAGAAGCUCAGUGGCUCAAGUAAUAGUGGAACCACACAUCUAAGAAACCACUUGAUGCGAUGUCUAAAAAGAUCCAAUUACGACGUUUCUCAACUACUUGCAGCCAAGAGAUUAAAAAAGGAUAGUUCAAGUGGUCUUGCAAACAUCGGCUUUGAUGAAGGGCAGAGAAAAGACGAGUUUAAAUCAGCAAUCGUGAAAUAUGACCCGAAUCAGAGAAGGGAUGAAGCAGUCACCAUUGCGAGUAGUAAGUUUGAUCAAGAGCGGAGUCAGAAUGAUCUUGCUCGUAUGAUCAUAUUGCACGGUUAUCCAUUGUCUAUUGUUGAGCAUGUAGGGUUUAAAGUUUUUGUCAAAAAUGUUCAACCAUUGUUUGAGAUAUUACCCAAUAGCACUGUUGAGCUUUCUUGUAUGGAAAUCUAUCAAAAGGAGAAAGAGAAGAUUUUUGAAACUAUUAAUAGAUUGCAGGGUAGAAUUAAUGUUUCGGUUGAAAUGUGGUCUUCAUCAGAAAAUAUUGAUUAUUUAUGCUUGACUGCACAUUAUAUUGAUGAGGAUUGGAAAUUACAAAAGAAGCUUUUGAAUUUUGUCACACUUGAUUCUUCUCACACAGAGGAUAUGCUCUCAGACGUGAUUAUUAAAUGCCUGAUGGACUGGGACAUUGACUGUAAGCUGUUUGCACUGACAUUUGAUGAUUUUUCAACCAAUGACGAGAUAAUUAGAAGAAUUAAAGAACACGUAUCGAAGAAAAAGUCUCUGUUGAGUAACGGUAGACUAUUUGACGUAUGCUCUGCUGCACAUACCAUGAAUGCAAUUGCUGAAGACGUGAUAGAAGCGAUGCGAGAGGUUAACCAAAAGAUCCGAGGGAGUUUUAAAUAUAUCAGAAGUUCACAAAUCACUCAAAGGAGGUUCAAUGAGAUGGCUCAUCAAGUUGGGAUCACCAGUCAGAAGAUAUUGGUCCCUGACAGUCCUGGUCAAUGGAAUUCAACAUAUUUCAUGCUUGAGACAGCCGUGGAAUACAAAGGUGCAUUUAAUCUUCUACAAAAGGAGGAUCCUCAUUAUGCAUCGGCUCUUACUGCUUUAGAGUGGGAAUGGACAACUAGUGUUGCUGACUAUUUGAAACUUUUUGUCGAAAUUGUGAACAUCUUCUCGGGCAACAAAUCUCCUACGGCAAAUAUAUAUUUUCCUGAGAUAUGUGAUGUUCACAUCCAAUUAAUCGAGUGGUGCAAAAGCUCAGAUAAUUUUCUCAACUCCCUUGCUUUGAAAAUAAAGGCUAAGUUUGAUAAAUAUUGGAGCAAAUGCAGUCUGGCUUUGGCAGUUGCUGCAGUUCUAGAUCCAAGGUUCAAAAUGAAAUUGGUUGAAUACUAUUAUUCGCAGAUUUACGGUAGUACGGCCUUGGACCGUAUCAAGGAAGUUUUUGAUGCUAUCAGGGAACUUUAUGAUGCAUAUUCAAUCUGCUUUACGAUGGUUGAUCAAGAUUCAGCUUUGUGUGGAAGCAGUUUACCUGGGGCGAGCAAUGACUCUAGGGACAGGCUAAAAGGCUUUGACAAGUUUCUUCAUGUGACUUCCCAAGGUCAAAGUCUGAUCUCUGAUUUGGACAAAUAUUUAGAGGAACCAGUGUUUCCUCGAAACUGCGAUUUCAACAUAUUAAACUGGUGGAAAGUCCACACGCCAAGGUACCCUAUAUUGUCCAUGAUGGCUCGUGAUGUUAUCGGGACUCCCAUGUCAAGCAUUGCACCCGAGUUGGCAUUUAGCACUGGAGGUCGAGUUCUCGACCGCUGUCGAAGUUCCUUAAGCCCCAAUAUUCGUCAAGCUUUAAUAUGCGCACAAGAUUGGCUUUGUAUAGAACUUGAAGAUCCAAGGCCAUUGUCUACCGCUUCAUACAUACCACUUCUGCUCGGAACCAAUUAACUGUACAAAUAGGUGCUUGGUGUCAUGUAAAUAUCUUACUCAAUAUCUACCUCACUCCAUUGUUUUGCUUUCUUAUAAUGUUAGGUUGAUGGAUCUGUUAGUUUAUACAAUGGCUUCUGAUUGCUCGACGCCAUAGCCUUGUCCAAAUGGGCUAUGCUGUGCAUAAUAGAAUUGUGUUUCUUCUGAAUGUCCGUCUAUAAAUCAGACAAUGGGCAGAAAAUUGUGUGUUUUGCUCGUAAUAAGAAUUGUAAAUAUUCAGAUAAGUGGUGUCCUAUGGGUAAGGAUGAUCAUUUAGAAAGGUUCAAUCUUGCAUGUUCUUGGCCUGUUCAUAUUUGUCAGAUCAGAUGUCAAGAUUUCUUUAAUGGGUUGUGCAGUAAAAAGAGGUUAAGGGGCGAUUGUUUUUAA